AUGGAAGCUGAUCCAAAAAAUCCUUUUGUUGUAUCUGGAACACCUAUUGAGACUGAUGAAAAUAAUUCAUCUUAUCAUCCAAGUUCCGAUGAACAAGAUGAUGAUAGUUUGAUUGAAGUAAAUAUAAAAAACAAUUAUUCACUUAAUUGGUUUACGGGGCCUGGUGUUAUUAAAUCUUCAUUAAGUGAGGAUGCAAAAAAAGUGAUCGAGCCAGAAUUAUUAAACAUGAUUUUUGAUACAAUCAAAAACGAAUUUGCUUCCCACCGUUUGUCGGAUAAUGAUGUUCUUCGAUGUCAUAAAGUGGCAGAGAUUGCAAGUGAAAGUUUCGAAAAAUGUAAACUGCUAUUGAGAAAAUGGCAAAGGGAUCUGGAUGAUAAUCAGGAAGAUUUAAUUCUAGAAACGUUUGAAUCAAUGUCAACUGAUGUUCUAGAGGCAUCUGCAUAUAGAAAACGUAAAUUCGACCCUUGCUACAAGGACGAAAGGCAGAUUUUUCCAUACAU